AAUCCAGGAAAAGUUGUUGCCUGUGAAGGAUGCCUUCAGCUGCGAAUGCAAAAUCUGAAAAGCCAGCCUCUUCGGAGGCUAUGGAUAACUCACCAAUACGACAAAUCGUGACAAUUCUUGAACACAAAAUCAGGAAUUUGGAGAAAAGGAAGAGUAAGCUGACAUCUUAUCGUGAUUUGCAAAAAGCUGGAAAAGAGCUCAACUCUGAUCAAAAAGUUGCAGUAGCAAAGUAUGAUGAAGUCGCUCAAACCUUGGAAUUUGCAAGAGAUCUUGCAAAGCAAGUUACAUCAAUUGUUACAGCAGCAGAGCGUGAUGCCAAAAAACAAGCAAAGAAGGAAGCUUGGGUGCGUUAUGCAGCAGACACCAACAAAAUCCGAGAAGUUCUUCUGAUACUUGAUUGCCUAACCCAAAUGGGCAACUCUGAGGCCAGGGAUGACUUUCUGAAUGGAACCAAUGGAGCGACGAAGCUCUCUGAAGAGGACUUAAAAAUUUUGGAUGACUUGUAUCCUGAAGUGACUCCAAAGCAUGAACUGAAUGAAGAGGGCAAAUCAGCAUUUCACAAUCAAACAACUAAAGCUGCUGAACACUUGUAUGCAAUCAUCGAUGGGAAGCCUAAAGAAGUCUUAGGAACAACAUACAGCCACAUAAAGGAAAUUGUGACAACAGUGCAUGAAUGUGGAUAUUUCGACCGUAUAUUAGAAGCAACAGUCGAAGUAGAGGAAAAUCAGGUUAUCAUACAAGAGGAAGAAUCACAAGAACCAGUUGAAGAAGAAAUUGAACAAGUGAAUGCUGUUUACCCACCAGCUGGAGCACUCCCAGUGCCUCCCGCGCCAGCGGUCGUUCCUGCGCCUGCUUAUCCUUUACGCCCUCUGCCACCCAUGACGUUGCAGGAAGUCGAGCAUGCCUACUUCUCACAAUAUCCCCAACAGAGACCUAUCACAGAAGUAAUAGGAUCACAGAAUUUCUUCUUCCUACAAGAGUCUGAAAUCGACAGCCCGGUCGGCACGCCCCAACCCCCACCAAUCCCCAAUCAACCAUCUCCGCCAGGACCGAUACCCACACAGACGUUCACAAACCAACACUUCGUACAGUUGCCAGGUGGGCGAGUUCCCGACGGAGCCGGUCUACCGAUGCCGCCGCAACCACAUUUCCCUGCACAUCCCGAUCACUCAGGGUUCCCUCCCGGCGCAGGCGUACCUAUGCCGGCCCCUCUGCCCCCUCACGCCGCACACAUCGCUCCGAUCCCAGCCGGACAUCCAGUGCCGCAAAUGGCGACUCCGCAAGCCGUUCAGCCGGUAUCCGUAUCGGUACCGCUCUCUGCACCGGCUCAGGUUCAAGUUCCCGCCACGUCUGCUGCUGCAGCUGACAUUUCUCUAUCUACCGCUUCGAACCAAUCGGAGGAUCGUAGCCCGCCGCCGCUCGUCGAAGAUAAAAAUGAUGACGAAUGGAAGGAGAGCCGUAGCCCCGAACACGAGGAAGGCGGUGAACGCAAGACGCAAGGUCAAGGCGAUGGACAGAACAGAUUCAGACGGUACGGGCGAGGAGGCGGCCGGGGUGCUCCCAACGGCCACCGUGGACGCGGCACUUUCUCCGGCAGACAGGGCGGUGACAACUACCGCGCUCGGCACACUGGCGACUACCAAAAUAGACCGAACAAGGAUGGCUAUCAGAACAGACAAUACGACGGCUAUCAAAACAGACACAAGGACGGAUAUCAGAAUCGUGCUGGCGACGAUGGAUACUAUGGCAACGGUGACGCUGGCGAUCACCGCGAUCACGAGAACGGUGGUCGCGACCGAUACGGCGACAACUCUCAGAGCUACCAGGGCGGAUUCAAGAGCCGCGGCAGGGGCGGGCCCCGUGGCGGGACGCGUGGAGCCUCGCGUGCCCCCCGACCCCACCAGUAUAAUCGCAAACCGGAAAACGUUGAAUAGUUCACGUGGAACGCGACGAUGUGCUGCAUCGUUAGCGACUUCGUCAUAUAAAUUAUUAUACUUAUCCUAUGAUGGACAAAAUCAUUCGUGGAAGGCAGAUUUCACCGGCAACAACGUGCUGUGGUAAACAACAAACAGAGAUUAUGGUAU